AUGGAUUCUGUAUUCGACAAAAUCGCCGAGUCUACAGUGACUUUCAAUCUGGGUGACGAAGAGACUUGGAGGGAACUUUACGAGCCUUUCUAUUCACCCCCACCAGCAAGUGUGAAAGUUGUCAAAGACAGGCAGUACGGCUCCCAUGAACGGCAUCGCCUUGAUGUAUACGUCCCAAGUUCCCAGCAAGGAGGAAAACCCGUGCUUCUCUUUGUGCAUGGCGGAGGCUUCUUCUCGGGGGAUAAAGGCUGGAGUGACAAGUGCUGGGCCAAUAUUGGCUAUUUCUUUGCCAACGCUGGUAUUGUGGUCGUGAUUGCAAAUCAUCGACUGGUUCCCCAUGUACAACAUCCUGGGGGAGCAGAAGACAUCCAAAUGGUUCGCGAGUGGAUUUAUCACAACAUCAACUCCCCAGAUUAUGGCCAUGGCGAUCCCAACAAAACAGUUCUCUUCGGUCAUUCUUCUGGUGGCGCCCAUAUUGCCACAAAUUUGUUCCUGACAAGCAAGACUCGGGUUUUCCCUCCCGUGGCCGGGGUCAUGUUCUUCAGCGUGCCAUGGUGGUUUGACACUGUGACUCGACCCAUCAGAAAGCGAGUGAUAACGCAAUACUAUGGUUCAGACAAUGAGGAAGUUUGGGGGCCCCAGUCUCCUCUUGGUCUCUUCCGACAGCUUCCUGCCGAUUCGCCAUUUCUAGACUCUGACAAAGUACCUGUGUAUGUGGGAACGGUCAAAUGGGAAGUCAAGGAGGCCGUGGAUUCAAACAUGGUGUUCUUCGAUGCUUACAGGGCCAAGAGCAAGCCUGCAGGCACUCUACCAUUACUCAAUGUCCUGGACAAGCACAACCACCUCAGCAAUGUUCUCUCGAUUGGAACCGAAGACACGUCUCAAAGCAGUUUGAUCCUGGACUUCGUUGACUCCUGUGUUCGCAACGUUGAAAAGCGCGGAGGUGAUGCGGCAUCCAAACCCAGUCUUUGA